AUGGGGACCUGGAUUUUGUUUGCCUGCCUCCUGGGAGCAGCCUUCUCUAUGCCCCUACCACCUCAUCCUGGGCACCCUGGUUAUAUCAACUUCAGCUAUGAGGUGCUUACCCCUCUGAAGUGGUACCAGAACGUAAUAAGACACCCGUACCCGUCCUACGGUUACGAACCCAUGGGUGGCUGGCUGCGCCACCAAAUCAUUCCCGUGGUAUCCCAGCAGGCUGCCCUGCAGCCUCAUCACCACUUCCCCAUGGUGCCAGCCCAGCAGCCCGUGGUCCCCCAGCAAACCAUGAUGCCAGUUCCUGGCCAGCACUCCAUGACUCCAAGCCAACCCCACCAGCCACACCUCCCUGUGCCCGCCCAGCAGCCCGUCCAGCCGCAGUCUCACCCACCCCUGCUGCCCCAGCCGCCUCUGGCUCCGAUGUUCCCCAUGCAGCCCCUGCCCCCGAUGCUUCCUGACCUGCCUCUGGAGGCUUGGCCCGCAACAGACAAGACCAAGCGGGAGGAAGUGGAGCCCGAGGAAGAGCCGCCCGGGCCCGGCCGGGCCCCGCCGCCGGACUUAGCCCCGUGUCCCCGCCGCCGCACGGAGACGGCCAGGGCCGAGCGGCGCCACCGGGAGCGGCUGCGCGUGCAGAGCCCGAGCUGCCCGCGCCCGGGCGGCGCGCGCCGUGGACGGCGGCCGAGAUGGAGUCUCCGGAGCGGGACGCCCUCCGCGCGCACAUGGUCCUCGGCGAGUCUCAGGAGGGCCGAAGCCAGCGGGGCCCCUGGAGCGCCUGGCCGCGGCGCCCUCGCCCACCCCGUCACCCAGCCCCUUGGAAGACCUCGGCCUCCAGACCCGCACCUCCCCGGGACGCUUGUCCCCAGAUUUAGCUGCGGAGACGAGGUCCUUGGAAACAUCUCCGAGCCCUGGUCUGCCAGAGGAGCAUGGAGAGGUGGCCAUGGCAGGCCUUGUCCGGGCGCCGUGGGCCCCGAGGGGCUGGCCCUGCGCAGCAGCCGCCGCGCCGGGCGGCCGGGGCGCAGGGGCCUGGGCCCCGGGCCCUCCUAG